AUGGUUUCCAAGUCGCAAUCAGCUUUUCUUCCUGGGCGGCUUUUGGCAGAAAAUGUGUUGCUUGCCACUGAUCUGGUUCAUGGCUAUAAUACUCAGAACAUCUCCUCGCGUGGAAUGCUAAAAGUUGAUCUGAGGAAAGCGUUCGAUUGUGUGAGAUGGGACUUCAUUCUGGCGUCUCUGUGGGCACUGGCGAUCCCUGAAAGCUACAUCAGAUUGGUCUCGGAAUGUCUCUCCACUACAUCGUUCUCUGUCUCUAUAAACGGUGCCUUAGGUGGUUUCUUCAAUAGCUCUAAAGGAAUUAGGCAGGGAGAUCCUAUGCAUUAUAGGUACCACCCGAGAACAGAGAAUGUGGCGAUCUCCCACCUCAUGUUUGCGGAUGAUGUUAUGAUCUUCUUUGACGGUAGCAGUAAUAGUCUUCAUGGCAUAGCUGAAUGUUUGGAUGACUUUGCCUCCUGGUCGGGAUUGUCUAUGAACGCCACCAAGACGGAACUCUUCACUGCGGGUCUGGACCAAACUGAAUCCUCAGCUCUAAUGGGGUAUGGAUUCCCAUCUGGCUCCUUUCCCAUUCGAUAUCUUGGACUCCCGCUGAUGUCCCGCAAACUUAAAAUUUCUGAAUAUGUUCCGCUGAUGACCAAGAUCACUAAGUGUUUCCAAGCGUGGUCCGUUAAACUCCUCUCUUUUGCGGGUAGAUUGCAGCUCUUGAAGACUGUUAUAUUUGGUAUCAUCAACUUCUGGUUUUCGGCGUUUAUGCUUCCUAAGGGGUGUAUUAAGAACAUUGAAUCACUUUGUUGUCGAUUCUUGUGGUCUGGUAACGUUGAUAAGAGAGGCAUCGCCAAGUCCCCUUCGCUCUGGGCUGUUUGGCACCGCAGCAUCCACCUAUCUACUCAGUCUUUUUGGGCCAUCGAACCUGUUCAAGCGGACUCCUGGGCAUGGAAGAGAUUGCUUAAGCUCAGAACCCUAGCUAUUAGAUUCUGCAAAUCUGUACUUGGAAAUGGUCGAACAACCAGUUUCUGGUUUGACGCUUGGACGCCAUUGGGUCAACUGAUCACUUACUUGGGGCCUCUCGGUCCAAGGGCUCUAAGAGUCAGAAACGAGGCGGUGGUAGCGGAUGUUGCUAGGGACUCAACAUGGUCUCUACCUCACCCCCGAUCUCAACAGGAAGUUGAUCUACACUCUCAUCUCACUACUAUAACUCUUCCUCUAUCUCAUGAUAUUGAUGACGAAUAUGAAUGGAUUGUUGGUGACUCUCCUUCUAAUGUUUUCAGAGCCUUUACCACAUGGGAAGCCCUGAGGCCAAAGCAGGAGAUUCAAGACUGGCAUGACGUGGUCUGGUUCAAAGGAUCAAUACCGAAGCAUGCCUUUACAAUGUGGACAGCUAACUAUGACAGGUUGCCAACAAAGGCCCGGCUUACUUCGUGGGGUCUCCCGUUAUCACCCCUCUGCUCCUUCUGUUCAAGAGAACCAGAAAUGAGGGAGCACUUGUUUCUGUCUUGCGAAUACAGUCUCGACGUCUGGAGCUACGUCUUCAGCAGAUGCCAUCCUCCUACCUCUCCACUCACGGACUGGGCAGAGCUACUCUCUUGGAUCCAAGUCCCUAACUCUAAGAGACUAUCUCUGCUUAGGAAAUUAGCAACUCAAACAGUGGUGUUUCAUCUGUGGAAGCAGCGGAAUAACUUAAUCCAUAACCAGAUCUCUUUCCCGGCGAUCGCGGUCUUCAGGAGCAUUGACAAAGAGCUGAGAAACGUUAUCUCCGCUAGAAGGAAGUAUAAGAAAUUCAGAGAUCUUAUGGCUAUAUGGCUUCGAUAA